AAAAAUGAAAGACCAGUCCAUUUGAAGGCCAAACCGUGUAAUUAUUUGGAUAUUUAUUACCCAGCCCGAUUGAUUAAGCGCUCCCUCGCCGCCAAUAGAUUCUUGAUUUCAUGUCUACAAAGUUUCUUGCAGCAACAACUGUGACAACGAUAGACAAACAAAUAUUCUAUCAGUGACAUAAUUUGGAUUUGAAGAAGUAAGAGUGUAAGACCAGUGAAUCUAACCCCUUUUCUCCAAUGUUAUUUUGUGGUAUUAUUUGAAUACUAUACUGGUUUUUUUUUUUGGCCUCUAUAGUAUCAAGAAAGUCUCAAUUUCAUUUUUUUUUUUUAACUAAAAGAAUGAUGAGAUGUGUCAAAGUUAGCACCUUUAUACAUGCUAUUAGCUUCUGUAAAAGAUGUUGUCACUUUGAAUCCAAACCCCAUUUGGGUUUUGGUUCUUUAGACUCACCAGUUAAAGCUAGUGUUGGAAUUUUCUGGGAUUUGGAUAACAAACCACCUAAGUCUUUUCCACCAUUUGAUGCUGCCACAAAGUUAAAGAAAGCAGCUGGGGAGUUUGGGGCAGUGAGAUUUACAGUAGCUUAUGCUAAUCGACACGCGUUUAGUUAUGUUCCUCCUUUAGUUAGACAGCAAAGAAAAGAACGAAAAACUUUGAAUUCGUUGGAAAAUCGUGGGGUUGUUAAGGUAGAGGACCCUUAUAUAUGUAGAGUUUGUGGGAGGAGAUUUUAUACUAAUGAGAAGCUUGUUAAUCAUUUUAAGCAAAUUCACGAACGUGAGCAUACGAAAAGGAUGAAUCAGAUUGAUUCGUCUAGAGGGAAAAUGAGGGUGAAGUUGGUGGCUAAGUAUGCAAUGAAGAUGGAUAAGUAUAAGUAUGCUGUUAAGGAUGUUUUGACUCCGAAAGUUGGGUAUGGUUUGGCGGAUGAAUUAAAACGAGCGGGUUUUUGGGUUAGGACUGUGUCGGAUAAGCCACAAGCUGCUGAUAUCGCGUUGAGGAAUCAUUUAGUUGAUGUAAUGGAUAAGAGGAUGGUGGAUUAUGUGGUUCUUGUGUCUGAUGAUUCUGAUUUUGUGGAAGUGUUGAAGGAGGCGAGGUUGAGGUGUUUGAAGACCGUGGUUGUUGGUGAUACCAAUGACGGUGCUCUUAAGAGGACAGCUGAUGCUGCUUUCUCGUGGCAGGAGAUCAUGAUGGGAAAGGCCAAGAAAGAAGCUGUAUCGGUUGUUGGCCGGUGGAAGGACCGAGAUGUUCUGAAGAGAUUGGAGUGGACCUAUGAUCCAGAGAUAGAGAAAAAGAUGUAUUACUCUGAAGUUGAGAGUGAUGAUUCUGAUGGAUUCUUUCCUGGGGAAGAUGAUAAAGAGGAUGUUGGUGCUUCUGUCUUGAAGGAAGAUGGUGGUGCAUGGUGGAAGCUGGACUCUCGUUCAGGACAUGAUUGAUGCAGCAACUGAUUGCCGGCUUCAGCUUCAUUCUUAUAAAAAGGAGAUAUGAACUGGUGAUUCCACUAAAAUUUCCAUGCUCAGAAGGCUUUUCUAAAGUUGAGGCCAACACCGCUGUAAGUUCUUAGUGAAGGAUGGAAAGAGAUCCUGGAUUACCUUUUUAAGUAACUUAGCUGCCAACAUUACUGUAUUUUUUUUUAACUAUUAUAGAAGCGUGGGUUUAGCAUAGGAUCGACAUGUUUGCUUCAAUUAGCAGAUGGCAUUUUAGUCAUUGUAUUUCUUGAGCUUUUCCAUACGUGGCCACUCCAUGCUCCCUCCAUUCCAGGUGGCUUUUACUACAAAAAGCAUAUCAUCAGUCCAGAACAUUCAAUUGUUUCAUCUCUUGUUUCUUCAUUCCUCUCAGAAACCCUCCUCUUUCAAUUUUUGUGCAAAUCUUCAUCUUCUUUACUUUCAUUGGUUUUUUGGGUUCUCUUCAGAGUUCCAAUUUCAUAGCUAUCGUUGUUCAGUCUUUUGGAACUCCAGCCUUGCUCCAUCAAGAGGAGAUACGCAGGGCCUGUUAUCGCAAUGAUUCGGAACAAGUGGCUGGGUUGGAAAGCAUAAUAGCUAAGCCAGGAAUUCUAGGUUGGGACAAAAAAUUUCUUCUUUUUCAUGGACUUCUACGCCCUGUUUCCUGUUAUUGUAGGAUAGAUGAGCUAGCAACUUUAUCGGAUUCGCGUGCUCCUUCCAUCACUAGGAUCCAUACAGUGAGAAGGAUGUAUUAGCAAGGAGUGAAGUGGAGCAUGUGAACUGAGUCCUUUCAAUGGGAACGUAUGACGAUCCUGACCAACUAGACGUGAAGGGUUCUUUGUAAUGCCAGCUGAACGCAUCAGAAUUCAAUUAGCCUAUUAUAAUGACACCAAGAGGGGAACUUGUGAAGAAGAGAGGUCUUUGCUAAAAAGAAGACUUUCUACAGCUGCUCUUGAAAUAGAAAGACAGAUGAUGUAAUGCUUUCAUUAAUCAGGUCGAAAAUGACAAGGUUCAAGCUGUUCUUAUAAGUAAGAAUAUGCAUUUUGAGAAGCUGGGAUUCUAUUUAUUACUCUGCAGAAGGAAAGGCACUUCUUAUAAGCUAAACCUUUGCUGCAUGAUUUAAUUUCUCCUGAAGUGAGAAAAACUACAAACGCAGAGGAUGGACUGCAACUAUUGGUGGAUUGUGUACAAAAUUCAUGAAAUUUAGUUAUAGCACAUUUGUUAGGGAUUGUAUCUUCUUGACAUAUUUAGUCAUGUUUGAUGAAAAUAUGUAAACCUUUUUGUUUGACAUUUUUAUUCUCUGUGAAAGAUUACUCCCAUUAGUGAAAAAAAGAUUUCUUCAUUGUGAUGUUAUUGUGAUUCUGAAGGAAUCAUAAAGUCUGUAUGUUGCAAAGC